AUGGCAACUCAGACAUUGGAAACGGCAGUGAGACAACUCAAGGUUUCCGCCCAGGACCGGCCUUUCUUUACCAUCGAUGAGCUCAUCAAGAAGCGUGUACUCGAACUUGGUGAUGCGCCCUUACUUGGGUACCCUAAUGAGGGCCUACUUGAUUUCGAAGAGCACAGCGCUCGCGCUGUGGACCGAUAUGUCGACGCCGCGGUGCAGAGACUACAGCAGCUGGGGUUACCUUCCGUUGAUUCCAAUUCUGAGAAGGCUCCCGUGAUAGGAAUCCUCGCUCACUCCGGACUGCAUGUCGUCAUCACGAUCAUGGCUCUCAGCAGGCUAGGUUACGCAGUGUUUCUUGUCUCCACAAGACUUCAGAGCCCAGGAAUCGCCCGCCUUUGUGAGUUGGCGAGCUGCAGCGCCAUGCUCACCACGUCAACUUUCCAUCCUGUUCUGGCCGAGGUUCAACAUCAACUAAAGCUCGAUAUCUUACCGCUGCUGUGUCACUCUGACUACUACGGCAAGGAUGCGCCCGUGUUCUCCAGAACCUAUGACCCGGAGCGAGAAUCGAACAAGAUUGCUGCAAUCAUCCACUCCUCCGGCUCGACAGGCCUUCCGAAACCGAUCUACCUAACUCACAAGAGCUGCAUUGGCGCCUUUUCCGUUCAUAUGAACAUGAGAGCCUUCAUCGUCUCUCCCUUAUUUCAUAGUCACGGGUUCUACGAGACGUUUCGCUCAAUCUACUCGAAGAAGCCUAUUUACUAUGGCAACUAUAAUCUGCCCCUGACAAGACAGAAUCUGAUCCAGAUGAUCAACUACAUCAAGCCUGAGAUCUUCCAUGUGGUCCCCUAUGUCGUGAAGCUACUAGCUGAGACAGAUGAGGGCAUCCGCGCUCUGGCAAGUGUGAAACUUGUACUCUUCGGGGGCAGCAGCUGUCCAGACGACCUUGGCGACCGUCUGGUCAAUAACGGGGUCUAUCUAGUCGGAAACUACGGAUCGCUGAUGAACUCCGUUCGUCCGCCGGGGGACAAAGCCUGGAACUACCUACGUCCUCUCCCCUCCGCAAAGCCCUACGUUCUCAUGGACGAGGUCUCGACUGGGAUCUACGAGUGCGUCUGCCUCGAUGGCAUUCCGUCAAAGUCGACAUCGAACUCGGAUUCACCACCAAACUCAUUCCGCACGCGUGAUCUCUUCGUGAAACAUCCCACACAGCCAGACUGGUGGAAGUACGUCAGCAGACUCGACGACCGGUUCACCCUGAUCAAUGGCGAAAAGGUGCUUCCUAUUCCCAUCGAAGGAAGAAUUCGCCAAGAAGAGAUUGUCAAGGAAGCCAUAGUCUUUGGCGAACAGAGAAGUUAUCCCGGUGCUUUAAUCGUCAAGGCGGAUAAUGCUGCGCACCUAUCAUAUGAGGAUUACGUUGAAGCAAUCUGGCCGGCAGUUGAGGCUGCCAACGCGAAAGCCGAAUCUUUCUCUCGCAUCCCUCGAGAGCUCCUCAUUGUGCUUCCAUCGGAUACACAGUACCCCCGCACUGACAAGGGGACCUUCAUUCGGGCGCCAUUCUAUCAGCAAUUUGAAAAAGAAAUACAGAGCGCCUAUGACAGAUAUGAGAACGAAGACGAAGGAGGCAGCUUGUCUCUUGAGGGCCAAGAGCUGGAGAUCUGGCUCUUGCAACAACUCAAGAAGCAGUUGGGUAUCGACUUACCAUCUUCCGACACAGACUUCUUCGCUUCCGGUGUUGAUAGUCUUCAUUGCAUCCAGAUGUGGAGUCUUAUCAAGAGACAAGUCGAUUUGGGCGGUCGGCAGAGCCAGCUGGGCCAGAAUGUUCUCUAUGAAUCAGGAAACAUUCGAGAGCUUUCGCGCUACCUCGUAGCUCUGAGAAACGGUCACAUUGAAGCGGUUCGAGACGAGCUGCAAAGUAUGCAGGAUUUGGUAGCCAAGUACUCUUCCUUCUCACCUCACAUAGCUGGUGCCGCUACAAAACCUGACAAGCACCUCGUGUUUCUCACUGGGGUGACAGGCGGCUUAGGAGCUCAUCUUCUCGCCCAACUUGCUGCCCUCCCAACCGUAUUGUCAGUUUGGGCAGCCGUCCGCGCACCCGACGAUGCCGCCGCAGCAUCUCGCAUUGCAAACUCGCUAACCUCGCGCGGCGUAUCUCUAAGUCCCCUCCAACAAUCUAAAGUGGUGCCGCUAUCCUGUGAUUUAGGCCUCCCAGACUUCGGUCUCGGGGCCGCCCGCCUCGCCGAUCUGAAGUCGAAGCUUACAAUCGUAAUCCACAGCGCCUGGGCCGUCAACUUCAACAUUCCCGUCCAGAGCUUUGAGGGCCAGCAUAUAAAGGCAGUCCACAGCCUCAUCCAAUUGUGCCAGUCCGUCGAGACACCUAAUCCCGCACGAUUCUUCUUCUGCUCAUCCGUCUCAGCGUCAGGCGGGUCGCCUAGGCCCGGUAACGUGCCGGAGGGACCGGUCCCGACGCCGGCAUGGGCACAGGGAACAGGAUAUGCGCGGUCCAAAUGGGUGUCUGAGCAUAUCACGCGCAAUGCAAACCUGAACGCUGGUGCGCCUACAAGAGUCUUGAGGAUUGGGCAGCUUGUGGGUGACAGCAGGGUCGGCGAAUGGAACACGACCGAGGGUAUCCCGUUGAUGAUCCAGACGGCUAUCACGCUUGGUGCCUUGCCGAACUUAGACGAGGAGAUGACUUGGCUGCCCGUCGACCAUGCCGCAACGGCCAUCUUGGAACUCGUCAAUGCCAACGCCGCCCCGCAGCCGAGCGAGCGCGAUACCGAUCCCGACUUGGUGUACCACAUUCUUAAUCCGACGCGCUUCCACUGGACCCGUGAUAUGCUUCCAUCUCUGUCCAAGGCUGGGUUGCAGUUCGAGAGACUCCCGACUAAUCAGUGGAUGGAUAGGUUGCGGCAGUCCGAACGAGACCCAAAGAAGAAUCCGCCGAUCAAGCUCCUGGAUUGGUUUGAAAGCAAGUAUGGACGCACGGCUUCUGCGAGUAAGGGGGUUCUAGCAUAUUUGACAAAGGAGACUGAGAAGGACAGUCCAACGUUGAGAGGACUAUCGGAUGUCACGGAUGUAAAGUUCAUCACGACGUUGGUCGAGAGGCUAAAAGCUCGGUGGGCGGGGGAUGAUAGUGCAUGA